GUGAUGUUUAUACCACUGUUGACAGUUGACAGUCCGUGGCCUAGCCUAGGCUUGUAAGGAGGAAAAACACGAUCAGCUGGAAAAUGGCAACAGCUGCAGAACCAGGUGUCCAUUUUAACGGAGGAUGGUCAUUGCAUUUGGUCGAUAAUUUACAGGAGCAAAAAGACGAGGUACUGGCCUUACAAUCCAUUUUUGAAGGAGAGGAAAACAGAUUGUCUGUUUUUUCUGCAGCACCAGAGGAAAUUUCAGACAGCGAUGAUUGCAAGGAGAAUUCUAGAUUUUACCAGCUACAGUUACAAGUGCCAGUAAAACAGGAUGCUGACAAAAUAACAUUGGACGUCUGCAUGCCCUGCAGAGAAGCAGAAAGUACAGAACAAGAUUCUAAAAUUCAAAAUCCUGGUGCAGUCACCUAUAAGCGGUCAGAAUCAGGACACAAUCUUCUAGCAUCCAUCAUGCUUUCCCACCUAACACCGUUGAAUUUGACUGUGAUUUUCCCACCUGAGUACCCUGCCUGUGGACCCCCAAAAUUCACUUUGUCAGCCAUUUGGUUGUCGUGGCAACAGCUGGGGGCACUGUGUGCGAUGCUGGAUAAACUGUGGGAGGAGUCCCGUGGAAUGCCAAUACUCUACACCUGGAUAGAUUGGCUGGAAAAUAAUUCAUUUAGUUUUCUGGGCCUCCAGGAACAUAUAUUGUUGCGAGAGACAAGCCCAGAGGAUCAGGUUGUGGACGAGAGAGGGAUACAAGAUUGUCUAAACAUUGAGGAAGCUGUCACAACUAUGAUGAGGUACAGUGCACAGGAAGAAAACUACCAGUUCAAAAGGACCGACCAUGAAUGCUGUGUGUGCUUUAUGGAGUUUCCAGGGGCCGAUUUCUAUAGGAUGAAACAGUGUGGGCAUCAUGUGUGUCGAGAGUGUGUUCAGGCUCUUUGUCAAAUCCAUGUCAAGGAGGGAACUGUCACUGAGCUUGUGUGUCCCGAGUCUGAUUGUAAGACAGAUAUCCCACCAGAUAUAAUCAGAGAUGUUGUUGGGGAGGAACAGUUUAGUCGCUAUGAACGUCUCGCUUUACAGAAAGCGCUGGACAAUAUGGGUGACAUUGUGUGGUGUCCGCGAUGUGAAGGUGUGGUUGUGCGAGAGAGCGAUAAUACUCUCAACCUGGCCUACUGUAUCCCCUGCCAGUUCUCAUUUUGUACCAUAUGUAAUAAGCUGUGGCAUCAGGGAGAGAGGUGUGUUGAUGUACAGGAUGCUAUCAAAGAUCUGGAAGAAAAAAUGAAAGUUCGGAAACCAAAUGAAGAAGAAGCUAUUAAACGUAAAUUAGAACGAUUGAAGGAGGAAGCCUUUAGCGAUGUAUAUUUGAAGACCAAAGCAAAGAUUUGUCCUUCUUGUCAAGCAAAUUUACAGAAAAUUUCAGGUUGUAACAAAGUUGUCUGUAGAUGUGGAUGUUCACUCUGCUAUAUCUGCGGAAAGGAUAUCACAAAAAUUGGAUACCAGCAUUUCCAGGAGAACAGGGCCUGCUCCACGUUUACUGAAUACGACGACAACGAUAUGGUGUGGAACAGAGGACCACUUCCACACUUUAACCAUGAGAGAGCUGCUAACAUUAUGAACAUGCAAGCUAGAAUGGCAGCAAAUCCUUUACUAGAACAGGUACAGUGUCCUAGAUGUCACAGGAAAAAUCUGCAGGGUUUACAUGGAAACAACCAUAUCAAAUGUUGGAACUGUAGCACAGGAUUUUGUUUCCUCUGCCGAGAAAUACUAAACAGAGUUCCGGUAACCAGCCAUUUUAAACCUCCAUCACCUUGUCGACAACACACUGUGGAGAAAAUCCAUCUUCUUGAGGAAACCAAGGACUCAUGAGGGAAAAACCACGAAAAUUUUCUAUUCACUAUUAUAAUUGACUGUAAAUUUAAUGUCGGUGCACUUUCAUUCAUAAGUCACCAAAUCAUACAUAAUAUGUUGUUUCUCAGGUACAAAGGUAUAUACAGCCAAGCAUAGAUCUAGAUUACGAGUGGGGCGAAUAUUUUGAUAUUUUUAACGGGUGCGCAGCAGACUAGUGAAAAAUGUCAAAAUAUUAGCCACACGAGUGAAAUAUAUUUGGUAUUACUGAAGAUACUGUUAG